UCCUGCUGUGAACGACGUCGUUGUCAUUGUUGUAUUAAUUUCACUAGUGAAUAGGCAAAUCCCCAAAAUCGAACCAGAAAAGAAAGCCUUCACUCGCUCAAAGCAAAAAAAAACACACAAAACACAGACACUGAAGCGGUAGAAGAGGAGAGAAAUGGAGUCGGAGGAAGAAGACGGAAGGACAGAAAGCCAGAAAAACGAUACUACUGACUUUAUUAGCAGUCUAUCGGACUGUGUCCUUACCCACAUCCUCUCUUUACUUCCAACCCGAGACUCUGUUCGAACAAGCAUUUUGUCGAGCAGGUGGAGCCCUCUGUGGAAACUCGUCCCAGUUCUUCACUUGGAACGGUUGCGCAACCAAGAUACAGUGUCCAACAUUUGGAAUCAUCGCAACGCCGCCAUUCCCUUACGCAAGUUUUACCUCCACGGGACCUCCGAUUGUAACACGGCCUAUGUCGACACGAUGCUCCAAGACACCAUUCUGCGUGGCCGCAUGUUGCAAGAGCUCGAUCUCGACAUAUAUAGUCAUCCUAUUCCUAAUCCGCCUUUGGAGUUGCAUCCUAGUCUCUUCUUUUCUACAACAUUAGUGGUUCUCAAAUUGGGAGGUGAGAUUCUUCUCAGUCCUCCUCUUGAUUCCAUCUUCCCAAGUCUCCACAUUCUGUAUCUUGAAUCUGGAAUUAGUUAUGCAAACUGCGACUCUCUCCCCACACUCCUUGCUGCCUGCCCGCUCCUCCAAGAAUUGGCUCUCACAGUGGCUUAUAAGAAUUUCGAAAAUACAAGGAUGCUCAAAAUCAUUGUGCUCAUACCUACGCUGAAAAUAUUAUAUUUAUCUUGGCUUUUCGAAUGGUGGUGCUACCCAUUACUCCACUUUUACAUACUCCGAUUAAAUGCCCCUGCUCUUGAGCAAUUUUAUUUCCAUGGUCUUUUGAGCGACGAUGUUGUGUUAGAAAACCUCCCCAACUUGGUUAAAUCGGGCUUUCAAUUCAAGGAGAUAGAGGAUGGUUCGAGUAGAGGAGAUUAUGCAAAGAGGAUAUGGGACUUCAUGAGACCACUCUAUAACGUUGUAUCCAUGGAAUUCUGCAUAGAAACCGCACAGAUCAUCUGCGAGGCUUCUAACUAUAAUCUUCCCGUGUUUAAUAAUUUGACUUCCUUGACCUUUGAUGGUGAGCUUUCGUGUUCCUAUUAUGCGUGGCCUGCUGUACAACUCUUGCUUUGUCAAGCUCCAAAGCUACAAACCCUUGCCUUUGAAUUGACAUUCACUGAUGAAUUCGGUGAUUAUGAUGACUACUCACCUGAAAGUUGCAUGAAGAAGCCACUUAGUGCUCCUGAAUGUCUGUCAUCACACCUUACAGCCUGUUAUUAUAAAGGAUUUUCAGGGCAUGAGGUUGAGAUGGAACUUGUUACACAAGUCCUAGAAAAAGCUGAAGUAUUAAAGACAAUGAAAAUUACUGUUGAAAGUCAUCUAGACCCAAUGAGGAAGCUUCAAAUUCACGAGAAAGUAAGGAAGCUUCAAAGGAGAUCUUGUACUUGUCAAAUUGAAUUUGAUGAAGCACAUUUCUAUUAAAAAGUUGUCUUUCUUAAUUUGCAAGAAGCAAUUGUUUUAUGGGAAUGCCCGUUAUUCUUCGCAUCUUUCAUUUGAAACUUUAAUGUAUUCAAGAUUAGAAUAUAUGUUUAAUGUUGAAAUUCUGUUUCACUUUCUCUA